AAAACGUCAAACUCCAGACGUCACGUCAAUGUCAAUUUUACGCGCCAAUUUCUGUAACUGUUGAGGUUGCAUUUUAUAAAUAAAAAAGUCUAAUAUUCAGUGAAACAAAGUAAUUUUAAAGUAUUUUUAAUAUCAAAUAAGAAAUGGAAGGCUUUGACGAUCCUGGUGUAUUCUUCUCUGAUAAUUUUGGUGUUGAGGAAAAUGAAUCACAAGAUCAAAUUAACCUGCAAGCUAUAAAAAAAAAGUUCAAAGAGUUUAUUCGUCAAUUUCAUACUGGAAACUUUAAUUAUAAAUACAGAGAUGCCCUGAAACGUAACUACAAUUUGGGUAAUUACUGGGUAGAAAUCAAUAUCGAAGAUCUAUCCAGUUUUGAUGAAAUAUUAGCAGAGAAACUGUACAAAAAACCCACAGAACAUUUGCCCAUAUUAGAAGAAGCUGCAAAGGAUUUAGCUGAUGAGUUGACUGCUCCGAGACCUGAAGGUGAAGAGAAAGUGGAGGACAUACAAGUACUGCUCACUUCAGAUGCAAAUCCUGCUAGUUUGAGGGAACUUAAAUCCGAAACAGUGUCCAGAUUAGUGAAGAUCCCUGGCAUUGUAAUAUCUGCAUCUGGAAUAAAAGCUAAAGCAACAAAAAUAUCCAUUCAAUGUAGAUCAUGUCGCAACAUCAUACCUAAUCUUCCAGUCAAACCUGGGCUAGAAGGCUAUGUGAUGCCCCGCAAGUGUAACACAGAGCAAGCUGGUCGGCCAAAAUGUCCACUGGAUCCUUACUUCAUUAUUCCUGACAAAUGUAAAUGUAUUGAUUACCAAGUAUUAAAACUACAAGAAGCACCGGAAAGCAUUCCACAGGGGGAGCUUCCGCGCCAUUUAACUGUGUACUGCGACCGCAUGUUGUGCGAGCGAGUGGCACCAGGGGCGCGAGUUACUGUGCUCGGAAUAUAUUCGAUUAAGAAAAUUGCCAAAAUGGGGCGUGAAAAUCGUGACAAGGGAUCUGUAGGCGUGCGAGCGUCGUACUUACGCGCAGUUGGCCUCACUGCCGAGGAGGGAGUGACGGGCGGGCUCCGUCCCUUCACGGUCGAAGAAGAGGAACAGUUCAGAAGACUGGCUGCCUCACCCGAUAUAUACGACAGGAUCGCUAAAUCCAUCGCGCCCAGUGUCUUCGGCGCUAUUGAUAUGAAGAAAGCUAUUGCUGCACUCUUGUUUGGUGGAUCCCGCAAAAGACUACCAGAUGGUUUGACUCGACGUGGCGACAUCAACAUAUUGCUUCUCGGCGACCCUGGUACGGCGAAGUCACAACUGUUGAAAUUUGUGGAAAAAGUAGCUCCUAUCGGCGUAUAUACGUCCGGCAAGGGCUCUAGUGCGGCUGGUCUCACUGCUUCCGUGAUCAGGGAUCCUGGAAGUCGUAACUUCGUGAUGGAGGGCGGGGCCAUGGUAUUGGCGGACGGCGGCGUGGUGUGCAUCGACGAGUUCGACAAGAUGCGUGAGGACGAUCGCGUCGCUAUCCAUGAAGCUAUGGAGCAACAGACCAUUUCUAUUGCCAAAGCCGGUAUAACAACGACGCUAAAUUCUCGAUGCUCGGUGCUUGCGGCCGCUAACUCAGUGUUCGGGAGAUGGGAUGACACCAAGGCAGAUGACAACAUCGACUUUAUGCCCACCAUCCUCUCCAGAUUCGAUAUGAUAUUCAUUGUUAAAGACGAACACGAUGAGAAAAGAGAUAUCACCCUAGCGAAACACAUAAUCUCAGUGCACAUGGGCGACAGCGCAGAGCGCGAGACGGUAGCGGGCGAGCUGCCACUGGCGCUGCUGCGACGAUACUCGGCGUACUGCCGUGCACGCUGCGGCCCGCGCUUGUCGGCCGCCGCCGCCGAGCGCCUGCGCGCGCGGUAUGUGCUCAUGCGCACCGGCGCCGACCACCACGAACGACAAGCCGACAAACGACUCUCCAUACCUAUCACUGUCAGGCAAUUGGAAGCUAUUGUUAGAAUAUCAGAAUCACUGGCUAAGAUGCAACUCCAACCAUUCGCGUCGGAAGCUCAUGUCACGGAAGCAUUACGACUAUUCCAAGUAUCCACUUUAGAUGCCGCUAUGACUGGCAGUUUGGCAGGAGCUGAAGGUUUUACAACAGAAGAAGAUCAUGAGAUGCUCUCGCGUAUUGAGAAACAACUAAAGCGUAGGUUUGCCGUUGGUUCUCAAGUUUCUGAACAAACUAUCAUUCAAGACUUUUUAAAACAGAAAUAUCCCGAGAGAGCGAUUCUCAAGGUGAUCCAUACAAUGAUCAGAAGAGGAGAAUUACAACAUCGUUUACAAAGAAAAAUGUUGUACAGACUGUCAUAAUCAAGAAAACAGUUUUUAUUUUUUUUUUAAUAAAACCACAAAUUGCAUAGUA